AGUAAGCCGUACAACCGGAUGUCAACAAACAUCGCUGUUGUCAUUUCACUGGAGUACAUGCUUGUGUAGUGAGCGGACGGAAUAAUGUGUGAACACGCUAUAUUACAAAGUGGAUAUCACCAUCCUGUUUUACGCUCAUGGCAAACAACAAAUACACAGAUUAAGGCGGAGAAUUUGAUUUACCCAUUAUUUGUUACAGAUGAGGAAGAUGCCGUACAGGAGGUUGCCAGUAUGCCAGGUGUUGCCAGAUAUGGCAUCAACAGGCUACGAGAGGCACUGGAACCAAUGGUGAAAAAUGGCCUGAAAUGUGUUCUUAUAUUUGGUGUGCCCAGUAAAUUACCAAAGGACAACAAUGGCACAGCAGCAGACACCCCUGACACACCAGCCAUUCUCGCCAUCAAAAUGUUGAGAAGCUGGUUCCCUGAUUUACUGGUGGCCUGUGAUGUGUGUCUCUGCCCUUAUACCUGUCAUGGACACUGUGGUAUUCUCCGUGAAGAUGGAAGCAUUGAAAAUAUAGCCAGCAUCAAGAGACUGGCAGAGAUAGCUGUUAACUAUGCUAAAGCAGGAUGCCAAAUUAUUGCUCCAUCAGACAUGAUGGAUGGAAGAAUUGGUUCUAUAAAAUCAGCUCUGACAGAGGCUGGUUAUGGAAAUAGGGUGGCAGUCAUGAGCUACAGUGCCAAGUUUGCCUCCUCAUUCUAUGGACCAUUCAGGGAUGCUGCCAAAUCAGCACCAUCAUUCGGUGACAGGAAGGCUUAUCAGUUGCCAUCAGGUUCCAUGGGUCUAGCUGAGCGUGCAGUAGAGCGUGAUGUGAAGGAAGGUGCUGACAUGUUAAUGGUCAAACCUGGUCUUGCUUACCUUGAUGUUGUCAAAAUGACCAAAGAUAGGUAUCCCACACAUCCAUUAGCUAUUUACCAAGUGUCUGGUGAAUAUGCUAUGUUGUACCAUGGUGCUAAAGCAGGUGCGUUCGAUUUAAAGACAACCCUGAUGGAAGUGUUGUGCAGUAUGAGACGAGCAGGGGCAGACAUUAUCAUUUCAUACUUCACACCACAGGUCUUGGAAUGGCUCAAAACGUAGGAGUGAUUGGACUGAAAAAACAGAAACUGAAGUUUUUAUCAUGUGUGAGGAUGACAAGACAGAGAAAAGAAAGUUUUUUAAAAUUAUUUCAUGAAGAUCUAGAGCAGAUAAUGUACAUUUGUCUAUCUAAUACAGGGAGGGGUUAAUUGUUACUUAUGGUAGAAAGAUUACAAAAAUGAAAUUUGUAUUUUAAUGCAGGAGGCAUUAAAUUGGAUAAUGUUAUUCAUAUUGCAUGGAGUUUUAAUCUUUUUCCAAAAUGGUUUGUCAGCUAUUAAAAGACACAAAUUUGGUAAAGAGAAAAAUAAUUAGAGGCUCUUACCAUAUAUCUAUUAUGUUGAUUUAAAAUAAACAUUUAUCUUCAGUGACUGCCAAAAUAUUUAUUCCGAAUUCACAGUUUUAUCACAAGAAAGAGUUGUCAAUGGACAAAAGGAUAUCUGAUGGAAUUCUUACUGUUUGUUAUCUUUUAUAAAUGCUAGUGUUUUCCACAGAUGUUUCUUAUGAAGGUAUUGUGAAUAACGAAUUUUGACCAACUUUUUUAUCUUUACCAUGACAGAUGAGAUGUCAUAUUUUUUUGAGAACAAAAUGAGGAAUUUUUCUGUUAAUGAUAUAUGUGAACAUGUGAAAAUUAUGCCUUCAUUUGGUUUUGUCUGUGGUCCAAGUUUCUGACAUUUCUUGUUAAGUCUGGUCAUAAUGUAGAAAAUGUGUUCAAGUAUUAAUUUUUUGAUAUACAUAUCUAUGGCACUGAAUGAUUUACGAUUCUGCUUGAUGUGGUCUGUAUUUAAAAUCAUAAUUAUGAAAAUGUGGCAUUAAAAUGGAACGUAGAAAAAAUUAACACACAUGUUAAGACCUACUUGUACAUGUCUUAGAGACUUCAUUUUGAUUUUAUCUCUUCUCAUGGAAAUAUUAAUAAAAUUCUCAAAUGUGUAUUUAAAAAAUAUGUAUAUAUUGAUGAGACUAUGAAUUGUUAUCAAUUGAAAAUAAAUUAUUUAAUGUUAAA